CCCGCGGCACGCCCUGUCCAAUCACCCCGCUGUGUGCGCGCGUUACGUCGUUGGGCCGCCUGCAUGUGUGUCCAAAGGGUGCAAAUUGAAAAGCAACUGACCGCGUCGGCUUGCUCUUUUCAGGCGAGUUCAGGAGCGCUGGGUCGGCAGGCGACGUGCUGUGAGGAUGAAGAUUGCAGUAAUUGGCCAGAGCCUGUUCGGCCAGGAGGUGUACAAGGAGCUGAGGAAAGACGGUCACACCAUCGUGGGAGUCUUCACCAUCCCUGACAAGGACGGCAAGGCGGACCCACUGGCAACUGAAGCAGAGGAGGAUGGCAUAGCCGUUUUCAAGUUCCCUCGCUGGCGCGUGAAGGGCCAGGCCAUCCCAGAGGUGGUGGCUCAGUACAAGGCCACAGGUGCCGAGCUGAACGUCCUGCCCUUCUGCUCCCAGUUCAUCCCCAUGGAGGUCAUCGACCACCCCAAACACGGCUCAAUCAUCUACCAUCCCUCCCUGCUGCCUCGCCACAGGGGUGCCUCUGCUAUCAAUUGGACCCUGAUCCACGGUGACGAAAAGGGCGGGUUCACAGUGUUUUGGGCUGAUGAUGGACUGGACACCGGGCCAAUCCUGCUGCAGCAGGAGUGUGAUGUUGAACCCAAUGACACCGUCAACACAAUCUACAAGAGAUUCCUCUUUCCAGAGGGAGUCAAGGGCACGGUGGAGGCAGUGAGGCAGAUUGCUCAAGGGAAGGCCCCAAGGAUCACGCAGCCACAGGAGGGAGCCACGUAUGAGUGCAUCCAGAAGAAAGACAAUGCCAAGAUUGACUGGAACCAGACUGCUGAGGCUCUCCACAACUGGAUCAGAGGAAACGACAAAGUGCCUGGUGCCUGGGCAGAGGUCGAUGGACAGAAAGUGACUUUCUACGGCUCCUCUCUGGCGAACUCAGGCAGCACGGUGAACGGUCAACCCAUGGAGAUCCCCGGAGCCAGCCGACCCGGCAUCGUGACCAAGGCGGGCCUGGUGCUGUUUGGAAAUGAUGGCAAGACACUGUUGGUGAAGAAUCUGCAGUUUGAAGAUGGAAAGAUGAUUGCUGCAGCACAGUACUUCAGCUCAGGGAGCAGCGCUGCUGUGGAGCUCACCGAGGAGGAGAAGGCCUUUGCCGGACAGAUGAGGGCAGUGUGGCAGAGCAUUCUGACUAACGUGAGUCAAGUUGAAGACUCCACUGAUUUCUUCAAGUCUGGUGCUACUUCGAUGGAUGUGGUCAGGCUUGUAGAGGAGGUGAAGCUCCAGGCCAGCAGCUGCCAGCUGCAAAACGAGGACAUCUACAUGAACACCACCUUUCAUGAUUUCAUCCAGAUGUGCGUCAGGAAGCUCCGAGGGGAGGACGGUGAAGAGGAGCUGGUCGUCAACUAUGUGGAGAAGGACAUCAACAACAUGACCAUAAGAAUGCCUCAUCAGCUGUUCAUCAAUGGAGAGUUUGUUAAUGCAGAGGGAGAAAAGAUCUACAAGUCCAUUAACCCCAAUGACGGCACAGUCAUCUGUGAUGUGUCUCUGGCCCAGAUAAGUGAUGUGGACAAGGCAGUGUCGGCUGCUAAGGAGGCAUUUGAGGAGGGACAAUGGGGCAAAAUGAACCCGAGAGACAGAGGCAGACUAAUCUACAAGCUGGCUGACCUCAUGGAGCUGCACCAGGAGGAACUAGCCACCAUCGAAGCCAUUGACUCCGGAGCUGUUUACACACUUGCCCUCAAGACCCACGUGGGCAUGUCCAUCCAGACCUUUCGCUACUUUGCUGGCUGGUGUGACAAGAUCGAAGGCAGCACCAUCCCCAUCAACCAGGCUAGACCCAAUCGCAACCUCACCUUCACAAAGAAGGAACCGAUAGGAGUGUGUGCUAUCGUGAUUCCCUGGAACUACCCUCUGAUGAUGCUGGCCUGGAAGACGGCAGCGUGCCUGGCAGCUGGAAACACAAUCGUCCUCAAACCUGCCCAGGUGACUCCACUGACGGCUCUGAAGUUUGCUGAGUUGGCAGCAAGGGCAGGGCUGCCCAAGGGUGUCAUUAACAUCCUGCCUGGAUCAGGUGCUCUGGUGGGUCAGCGACUGUCUGACCAUCCUGAUGUUCGCAAACUGGGCUUCACAGGUUCCACUGAGAUUGGUAAACACAUCAUGAAGAGCUGCGCAGUCAGUAACGUGAAGAAAGUCUCUCUGGAGCUCGGAGGAAAAUCCCCUCUCAUCAUCUUCAGUGACUGUGACAUGGACAAGGCAGUUCGCAUGGGUAUGAGCUCAGUGUUCUUCAAUAAGGGAGAGAACUGCAUCGCAGCUGGCAGACUAUUUGUGGAAGACACCAUUCAUGACCAGUAUGUGAAAAGAGUGGUUGAAGAGGUGAAUAAGAUGAAGAUUGGUGAUCCAUUGGACCGCUCCACUGACCACGGCCCUCAGAACCACAAAGCCCACCUGGACAAACUGGUGGAGUAUUGUCAGACCGGCGUCAAGGACGGAGCCACCCUGAUCUGUGGUGGCAAACAGAUACAGCGACCAGGUUUCUUCUUUGAACCCACAGUGUUCAUUGAUGUUCAAGACCACAUGUACAUUGCUAAGGAGGAGUCAUUUGGCCCUGUCAUGAUCAUUUCCAAGUUCAAAGGCAGUGAGGUGGACGAUGUCCUGAGAAGAGCCAAUGCUUCAGAGUACGGCCUGGCGUCAGGUGUUUUCACACGAGACAUCAGCAAAGCUCUGUACGUCAGUGAAAGGCUCAAUGCUGGCACGGUAUUUGUUAACACCUACAACAAGACUGAUGUGGCCUCGCCAUUCGGAGGCUUUAAACAGUCUGGAUUUGGCAAAGACCUGGGAAAAGAGGCUCUCAACGAAUACCUGAAGACCAAGGCAGUGACCAUUGAGUACUAAGCCACAUCACAGAGGAUACCAGCUUCCUGUGUGCACUGAUGUGUGUGGACACUGACAGAAGAGACAUGUGGAUGGAGUGAAAUCAGUUUAGACCUACAGUCAUGUCUCAAGCGUUGUUCCCUCACUAGUGAAUACUGACUGUUUGAAUUAAAGCCUUAACAUGUUAACUGGUCACAUUAACACCUUGAAUUAACACACACCUAAACCAUGUUGUGAUAGGCAAAUGAAGCAUGUUUCUAGGUAGGUCAUACUCCUGAGACAGUUUUGUUAUCAGUGUGUUUGUGUUACAGGGUAGGAAUUUAAACAGAUUGCAUUCAUUCCUAAUAUGGCUUACAUUAGGUCAGAAACGUUUCAAGAAGUGUAACAUUUCUAAUCAUUUUUUCUUAUCAAUGAAAACUGGUGAGCAUA